UCGCUUCCAUCAGUCGCAGAAAGAAAGCCGCACCAUCGGCAGUGAAACGACGCAUCAUUUUUCAGGAGUAAUUGCAAUCGCUAAUAAAACGCGAAAAAAAGUCCCGUUUCCAUCGGAAAAUAUCGUAAAUCGCCACCGUUGCGAUGUUCGAAAACGAAGAUGGGGACCACUUUGAGGAGGAGGAUCCAGAGGAAAUCUCCCACGAGCUGUGGCAAGAAGCCUGCUGGAUUGUCAUCAACGCUUACUUUGACGAGAAGGGUCUGGUCCGGCAGCAGCUCGACAGUUUCGAUGAGUUCAUUCAGAUGUCCGUUCAACGUAUCGUAGAGGAUUCUCCGGCUAUUGAAUUGACGGCUGAAGCACAGCACACUUCCGGAGACAUUGAAACGCCGACGAGAUACGUCUUGAAAUUCGACCAGAUUUACCUAUCGAAGCCGACCCAUUGGGAGAAGGAUGGUUCCCCUUCGCCCAUGAUGCCGAACGAGGCCCGUCUCCGCAAUCUGACCUAUUCCGCACCGCUGUACGUCGACAUUACCAAGACAAAAAUCGUCGAAGGCCAAGAGCCGGUGGAAACCCAGCACCAGAAGACGUUCAUCGGAAAGAUCCCGAUCAUGUUGCGUUCCACGUACUGUUUGCUCUCCCAACUGACGGAUCGUGAUUUGACAGAAUUGAACGAGUGCCCGCUGGAUCCCGGCGGUUACUUCAUCAUCAACGGUUCGGAGAAGGUUCUAAUUGCCCAGGAAAAGAUGGCCACCAACACGGUAUACGUGUUCAGCAUGAAGGACGGCAAGUAUGCAUACAAGUCGGAAAUCCGUUCCUGCCUGGAGCACAGCUCUCGACCAACAUCGACACUAUGGUGUAACAUGAUGGCCCGCGGUGGUCAAAGUAUCAAAAAGUCGGCCAUUGGCCAGCGCGUGAUUGCUAUUCUUCCGUAUGUCAAACAGGAAAUUCCUAUCAUGAUUGUGUUCCGAGCGCUUGGAUUCGUGGCUGAUCGUGAUAUUCUGGAGCACAUUAUCUACGACUUUGACGAUCCGGAAAUGAUGGAAAUGGUCAAGCCGUCGCUGGACGAAGCCUUCGUCGUUCAGGAGCAGAACGUAGCGUUGAACUUCAUCGGUGCGAGAGGUGCCCGGCCGGGUGUCACCAAGGACAAACGUAUCAAAUACGCUAAGGAAAUCUUGCAAAAGGAAAUGUUGCCUCACGUGGGUGUGUCGGAUUUCUGCGAGACCAAGAAGGCUUACUUCCUGGGAUAUAUGGUGCAUCGAUUGCUUUUGGCAGCUUUGGGUCGUCGUGAACUGGACGAUCGUGAUCACUACGGUAACAAGCGUUUGGAUUUGGCUGGACCGUUGAUGGCGUUGCUGUUCCGAGGAUUGUUCAAAAGUUUGGUGAAAGAGGUUCGCAUGUAUGCUCAGAAGUUCAUCGAUCGUGGAAAGGAUUUCAAUCUGGAGUUGGCCAUCAAGACCAAAAUCAUCACCGACGGGUUGCGUUAUUCGUUGGCCACAGGUAACUGGGGAGAUCAGAAGAAGGCUCAUCAGGCUCGUGCCGGUGUAUCUCAGGUGUUGAACAGACUUACGUUCGCUUCCACUUUGUCCCAUUUGCGUCGUGUGAACUCUCCAAUUGGUCGUGACGGUAAAUUGGCCAAACCUCGUCAGUUGCACAACACCCUGUGGGGUAUGAUCUGUCCGGCCGAAACACCCGAAGGUGCGGCUGUCGGACUGGUAAAGAACUUGGCCCUGAUGGCUUACAUUUCCGUCGGAUCCCAACCGUCACCGAUUCUUGAGUUCUUGGAGGAGUGGUCCAUGGAAAACUUGGAAGAAAUUGCUCCCUCGGCUAUUGCCGACGCCACUAAGAUCUUCGUCAACGGAUGCUGGGUUGGAAUACAUCGCGAUCCGGAGCAGUUGACAGCUACCUUGCGGAAAUUGCGUCGUCAAAUGGAUAUCAUCGUGUCGGAAGUGUCUAUGAUCCGCGACAUCCGAGACAGAGAGAUCCGAAUCUACACCGAUGCUGGACGUAUUUGCAGACCGUUGUUGAUCGUUGAGAAUGGAAGCCUUCUGCUGCGCAAGAAUCACGUUGACAUGUUGAAGGACCGCGAUUACAAUAACUAUGGCUGGCAGGUGCUGGUCGCUUCCGGUGUCGUUGAGUAUAUCGAUACUUUGGAAGAGGAAACCGUCAUGAUUGCUAUGACCCCAUAUGACUUGAAACAGGACAAAGAGUACGCCUAUUGUACCACUUAUACCCAUUGCGAAAUCCAUCCGGCUAUGAUCCUCGGUGUUUGUGCUUCGAUUAUUCCAUUCCCCGAUCAUAAUCAGAGUCCUCGUAACACCUAUCAAAGCGCUAUGGGUAAGCAAGCUAUGGGUGUCUACAUUACCAACUUCCACGUCCGGAUGGACACACUUGCGCACGUACUGUACUACCCGAUGAAACCCCUGGUCACCACCCGUUCUAUGGAAUAUCUACGUUUCCGAGAACUUCCGGCCGGAAUCAAUACAAUCGUAGCCAUUCUCUGCUACACCGGAUACAACCAGGAAGAUUCUGUUAUCUUGAACGCGUCCGCUGUCGAACGUGGUUUCUUCCGAUCGGUGUUCUACCGUUCCUAUAAAGAUUCCGAGAGCAAGAAAAUCGGCGAUCAAGAGGAACAGUUUGAAAAGCCCAACCGUCAAACUUGCCAGGGAAUGCGCAAUGCCCUGUACGACAAACUGGAUGACGACGGUAUCAUUGCGCCGGGUCUUCGUGUCUCCGGAGAUGAUGUCGUCAUCGGCAAAACCAUUACUCUGCCGGAAACGGAUGACGACCUGGAUGGAACCACCAAACGUUACACCAAGCGAGAUGGGUCCACGUUCCUGCGUAACUCCGAAACCGGAAUUGUAGAUCAGGUCAUGUUGACACUGAACAGCGAAGGCUACAAGUUCUGCAAGAUCCGUGUCCGGUCGGUUCGUAUUCCGCAGAUCGGUGACAAAUUUGCCUCCCGUCACGGUCAAAAGGGUACUUGCGGUAUCCAGUAUCGGCAGGAGGACAUGCCCUUCACAUGCGAGGGCCUCACUCCGGACAUCAUUAUCAACCCACAUGCCAUUCCGUCGCGUAUGACAAUUGGUCACUUGAUCGAGUGCAUCCAGGGUAAGCUGGGUUCCAACAAGGGCGAAAUCGGUGACGCUACUCCAUUCAACGAUGCCGUCAACGUGCAGAAGAUUUCCACCUUCCUACAGGAGUACGGCUAUCAGCUCCGAGGUAACGAGGUCAUGUACAACGGUCACACCGGGCGUAAGAUCAAUGCCCAGGUGUUCCUCGGUCCAACCUAUUACCAACGUCUUAAGCACAUGGUGGACGAUAAGAUCCAUUCGCGAGCUCGCGGUCCAGUGCAGAUUCUGGUACGACAACCUAUGGAGGGUCGUGCCCGAGAUGGUGGUCUACGUUUCGGAGAGAUGGAACGAGAUUGUCAGAUUUCCCACGGUGCCGCCCAGUUUCUGCGCGAGCGUUUGUUCGAAGUAUCUGAUCCGUACCGGAUACACGUGUGCAACUUCUGCGGCUUGAUUGCAAUCGCCAACAUGCGCAACAAUACAUUCGAGUGCAAGGGAUGCAAAAAUAAGACUCAGAUAUCGCAGGUGAAGCUACCCUAUGCUGCAAAAUUGUUGUUCCAGGAGUUGAUGGCUAUGAACAUCGCACCGCGUUUGAUGGUACUGUAAAUGUGUGUGGUACGGUACUGAAGCCUAACGGCAAAUAUACUAGGUACAUUUCCUCCCAACAGGAAUCAUUGAGUGCAGACAAGUUUAAGAUUUAAUUUAAAAUAUUCACUUUUUUAAGACAGUUGACGACAUAGGU